AUGAUGACAAAGGAAGAGAUCCUCGAGGCCAGUAGCUCAGAGCUGCACCAACUCAGUUGUGUUUCUGAAUCUAGUUCGCACCACAAGAUCGAUACCGAAAAGGCAGAGAUAUAUUCUACUACUGCGCCUGAGGAGUCGAACGUGGACACCAACGACGAUGUCAAGACGACGACAAAGAAGGAGAAGAAGAAGGAGAAGGCCCCUGAGGAACCCAAGGUUACAUACCUGCAACUCUACCGUUUUGCUGACACCUGGGACUGGACCUGUGUGGCAGUUGGUACCCUGUGCGCGAUUGUCAACGGAGUCGGCAACCCGCUGAUCGCCCUACUGAUGGGUGCAGUCAUCACCAGUAUUGGAUCCAACUUCAACGACACAGAAAAAUCCGUCGCCGAGGUCAAGCACGUCGUCAUUCAGUUCACCUACGUCGGAGCCAUCAUCUGCGUGACCUCUUACAUCCAGAUGUGCGCCUUCUCCAUGUCGGCCGAGAACCAGACCAAACGGAUCCGCGAAAAGUACCUCCAUGCGAUCCUACGACAGGACAUUGCCUGGCAUGAUACUUCGAAGAACAACGAGUCGCUCAACUCGCGUCUGAGUGCUGAUACUCAGUUGAUCUUUGAAGGUUUGGCGGAUAAGGUCGGAGUCGUUCUGAGCAGCUUGAUCUCGUUUGUCACUGGAUUCGUAAUUGCCUUUUGUUAUGGAUGGAGGAUGACACUGGUCCUUCUCGGUGUGGUACCUGUCCUUGCUGUGUCGAUGGCGUUCAUGAUGAAGUUCAACACCGAGACAACCACCGAUGGUCAAGAUGCGUACGCUGUAGCCGGAGGUAUUGCCGAGCAAGCAAUCGGAUCCAUCCGCACCGUCCAUGCCUUUGACGGCCAGAAGCGCGAGAUGAAGAAGUACACCGAGGUCGUUAACCAGGCCUACAAGGCCGGCAUUAGGAAGUCCAUUGGCACCGGUCUUGGCAUGGGUCUUUUCAUGGGUGUCCUUUUCCUCAGCUAUGCGCUCUCGUUUUGGUACGGCAGUCGCGAGGUCAAGGAGAAACGGAUGGAAUCUGGUGAUGUGUUGACGGUUCUCUUUGGUGUCAUCAUUGGCGCCUUCUCCCUCGGAAGCGUCGGGCCAAGCAUCACCAACUUUUCCAAGGCUCAGGCGGCAGCCUAUCACAUCUUCAGAACCAUCGACCGUGUCCCCAAGAUUGACUCGUCUAGCCCCGACGGUCUCAAGCCAGAGAAGAUUACGGGCCAUAUUGUUGUCAAAGAUGUCGAUUUCGCGUACCCUUCCCGUCCUGAUGUCCCUAUCUUGAACAAGAUGAACAUUGAGAUCCAGCCUGGUCAAACUGUCGCAUUGGUCGGUCACUCUGGAUCUGGAAAGUCGACUAUCAUUGGCCUCAUUGAGAGAUUCUACAACCCCUCCUCUGGGACGAUUACUCUCGACGGCAACGAGCUCAAGGAUAUCAAUGUCCGCCACCUUCGCGACACCAUUGGUCUUGUCUCCCAGGAACCUGUCCUCUUCAACGCGACCAUCAAGCAAAACAUCAUAUAUGGUGCCCGCAAGGACCAGCUCACCCCUACCGACCAAGAGAUCGAAGCAGCCUGUCGUCUUGCCAACGCCCACGAGUUUAUUAGUCUCCUCCCCGAGAGAUACAAUACCAUGGUCGGCGAGCGUGGUACCCUCUUGUCUGGAGGCCAGAAGCAGCGUAUCGCCAUUGCCCGUGCCAUGGUCAAGAACCCUCGCAUCCUGUUACUUGACGAGGCCACCUCUGCCCUCGAUACCGAAUCGGAGCGCAUCGUUCAGGCUGCCUUGGACAAGGCUGCUGCUGGCCGUUCAACGAUUGUUGUUGCCCACCGUCUCUCGACCAUCAUGAACGCCGAUCUGAUCUAUGUCAUGGACAAGGGUGUUGUUCUCGAGUCCGGUACUCACUCCUCACUCAUGAAACUUGGCGGCGUCUACUCUGAGCUUGUCGAGAAGCAGCAGCUCAAGUCUGGCGGGGUCGAUGUUGAAGCCCAGCCCGAGUCUGAGAUCUCUGCCUCUACCAUCACCAUCGCACCCACCACUCGCGUACCACUCGGUACUCGCACCAGCACCCGUUUGAGUGGUUUACUCCGCCGCAUGUCGUCCCACCACUCUGCCACUGGUUCUGAGAAGAAUGCUGAAGAGGUUGUCUUAGAGAUCCCCGAGGACGAGGAGACGGCAAUGGCUCGCGAGAAGAAGGAAGCUGCCCGAAAGCUCAAGCUCCAAAAGGCACCCAUCUCUCGCACGAUCGGAUACCUCCGCGGCGAUGUUCUCCUUUGCGUACUCGGAAUCUUCUUUGCUAUUAUCCAGGGCGCUACCUUCCCUUUGAUGUCCCAAGUCAUGUCGAGAGCCAUCACGACUCUGACAAAAAGGGACGAGAUCGGAUACGACUACACUGGCGACGCAAACAAGUUCGCCCUCCUCUUUGUCGCCACCGCCGUCCUUGCCUUUACCGGAUUCUGUUUUGGCCUCAUGCUCCUGUUGAUCACCGGUGAGAAGCUGACCCGCAAGAUGCGUCUGCUGAGCUACCAGGCCAUCCUGGGCCAAGAGAUAGCCUUCUUUGACCGACCCGAAAACUCGACCGGUGCCCUUGCCAGUCGUCUUGCCACAGAUUCCCAGCAGAUGUUGGACAUGGUCUCCCAGGUUAUUUUGACGGGAUUCUCUGCCUUUUCGACCAUCACCUGCGGUUUUGUCUUUGGUUUCAUUGCCAGCUGGAGGAUGACGCUCAUCAUUCUCGCCUCGGUUCCCAUUAUUGGAUUCGCUCAGUAUCUGGAGUUGGCUGCAUUGACCGGGUUUGGUGAGAAGACUCGCAAGGCCUAUGAAAACUCAGGUCAGGUUGCAGGAGAGGCGAUUGCCAACAUUCGUACAGUUGUAUCGUUGGCCAAAGAGGAUGCCUUUGAGGCCCGCUAUGCCAGUGUCUGCGUUGAGCCCCACAAGUACUCAAUCAACAAGGCUAUCUAUGCUUCUGCGGGUUUCGCUCUUGCCCAGGGUACCGCCUACUGGUCCUACGCCAUUGGAUUCUUUGCAGGUUACAAGCUGGUGGGUGCUGGUUUGAUUGAUUGGGGCCAGAUGUUCAACAGCAUGUUCGCGAUCGUAUUCUGCGCCGUCUCCUUGGGUCAUAUCACGUCAGAACUUCCCAAGUUCGCCAAGGGCAAGCAGUCGGCCAUCAACGUCUAUGAGCUCCUCGACAAGAACACCACCAUCGAUGUCGAUCGUGAUGGAAUCCAACUCUCCACUAUCAGCGGCUCCCUUGCUCUUGAAAAAGUCGAGUUUGCCUACCCGACCCGACCCGACCAAAAGGUCUUUGACGGCAUCGAUAUCGCGAUCCGACCUUCCGCGACCGUUGCCCUUGUCGGUCCCUCUGGAUGUGGCAAAUCGACCGUCAUUGGACUGUUGGAGAGAUGGUAUGAUACCGAUGGUGGUCGUGUCGCCGUCGAGACCUACAACCUCAAAGACUUGCAGCUGCACAGUUUUCGUAACCAUAUGGCUCUUGUCGGGCAGGAACCUGUCCUUUUCGACAUCUCGAUCAAGGACAAUAUCCUGUACGGCCUACCGGACGAUAUCGAGGGAACCAUGGAGCAGGUGGAGGAGGCUGCCCGAUUGGCCAACAUCCACAACUUUGUCGCCUCCCUCCCUCAGGGGUAUGAUACCCGCGUAGGCGACAAGGGCUCUCAGCUGUCGGGCGGUCAGAAACAGCGUAUUGCAAUUGCCCGUGCACUGAUCCGCAAACCCAAGGUUUUGUUGCUGGACGAAGCUACCUCUGCAUUGGAUUCCGAGUCGGAAAAGUUGGUCCAGGAGGCAUUGGACAGGGCGCGUGCUGGCCGGACGACCAUUGUGAUUGCUCAUCGUUUGAGUACUAUCCAGGAUGCAGAUCUGAUCCUUGUUGUCAAGGAUGGUAGGGUUGUCGAAUCAGGUCGGCAUUAUGAAUUGAUUGCCCUUGGAGGUGUCUACGCCGAGCUCUGCAAGAAGCAGAAUCUCUAA